AUGCAACAACAUACCGGAAAUUGGAAUGACUCCGUAAAGUCAGAGAAUUGGGACGAAGAAGAUGCUUACAUCAAGCAAGAGAUCUGGCACGAAGAAGAUGCCUACAUCAAGCAAGAGGAUUAUGACGAAGAGUUCGACAUCAAGCAAGAGAGUUGGGACGAAGGUUUCUACAUCAAGCAAGAACCCCACGGGGAAGAUUUCGACAUCAAGCAAGAGAAUUGGGACGAAGAUUUCGAAAUUAAGCAAGAGGAUUGGGACGAAGAUAUUGACAUCAAGCAAGAACCCCGCGAAGAAUAUUCGAGUCCUGCUUUCCAACAGGAGUAUGAAGAAGAUGUUGAAACGGGAAGCGGUGGUCGUCAGAGGAUGAGGCAGGAUAUCAAGCGGGACUGGAAGGGAGUCUUUCGACGGCUCACGACAGGUGGCAUGAGCUCUGGCAACAAGAAGCCACGAAUUAAGAAGGAAGAUGUCGAGGUCGAGGAAGAAAAGCAGGUGGAGGAGAAUGACCGCAAGACGGCCCCCAAAGUCACGUUGUCCGAGAUUUUCCGGGCUGGUCAGAUCAAGGUGGGCAAUGUUUUCAGCCUUCGGAGGAAGUUCAAGAGAUCUUGCAAAGGAUAUUGGGUUCGCAAGAAUGCUGUGAUUACCCACACUGCCCCUUCUGGGAGUGCAUUCGGUGUCCGCUACGCCCCAGGCACCGCGGAAAUCCCCACCGACAAGCCGGAUGACAAAACGGCCAAGAACAUAUCAUCGCUCAACGAGCUGAUGAUUGUUCUUGGCCGGGAGCACGGAAGACCAGUGAAGAAACAGUUACAAGACAACGCGUGGAAUCUUCUCUGGCUCUUUCGCUCCGGGGAGGAGGAGGAUAUCCAGUUGACUCUGCUCAAGCAGAAGUACCGCGAGGGGAAAAUAGGCGAGGAUGAGGCGUAG